CUUUUCAUUGUGUUUGUGAAGUGUAAAGACGUUUAGUUUGCUUUCGAGUUGUGAGAGUGAAGCCGGACCCUCUGUCACAUGGGAUAAGAGGCUUGUCUUAAUUCUCUAUGACUAUAGACAGAAGUCCUGUUAGUGGCUACCCCCACGACUCUAAGAAGAGCUGACACGCUUCUGGAAUGCUCCUGUUUGCUGGGAGAAAGACAGGAUAAGAGUGGACAAGGAUUACUGACGUGAUGCCAGUUGGGGAUUCAUAAUAAAGGAAAAGAGGCAUGAUCAACACUGUUGAGAGAUUCUAUGAACAAGUGGAGUUUGAUUAACUUGCAAAGGAUCAUUAACCCAAGCUGGAAACUGAGUGUUUCAUUCUAAGACUUGAUGGUGCAUAUCAUGGGAAUAAUUUGUCUGCUGUCAAAGUGAAGAGUCAUUAACUAGAGGGUCUAUUAUAACAGUUGAAUUGACAGUAAUUGCAGACAAUGAAUGAUUUAUAUUUGCAUUUACAAACUUUGUAACUGAAAUGUUUCAAAGCAAUAUGGAACUGGCAGUUUUGACCUUGCUCUUUUCAAAGGCUGAUUUGUAGAGAACAUCAAGUGUUUUAAAGAGUUGGGAAUCUUGGUACCCACCAACUUUGAGUGUUAAUUUCUGCUCCAUUGGAUUAUCAUUGCUAGUAUUUGAAAACUUCUUAUAUCGCAUCAUGUCAUUCUUUUCCCUAAUGGAGUUACAUAGUUAUUUUUGUGGAGCUUGACACUGUGAUAUGAAUUGAAACAUUAUUUUGCCUUUUGUAAACAUUCAGUAUUGUUUCUGCUGAUUGAAAUCUGGAUUAAACAUGUCCAGAAUAUCUGCAGUUGGAGAGACCUUUGAUACAGAUCACCCUCUAUCCAUCUGCCAUGGUUGUCAAAACCUGGAGCAGUGUCAUCCUCAAAUCACAAAUGAUACUGGUGGAGUUGGAGGAGGAGGAGGAUGCUGUUGCCAUGAGAACCAUUCAAAGAUAAUAAGAUUCACUUCUCCCAGCACAUCUCCUGACAUCUCAUCUCCUACUCUGCCUGUGAUCUGCCAAAUGUCUUCAUGGAGUCAGCUCCAUCUUAACAAAAGCAUCUCAUCCACCAAGGACACUCCUGAACUGGUUCUAGGACAGGACCGAUGCCUUCAAGGUGAUCUUCAAGACAUUGGUGAUGUCAGAUCUUCCACGUAUCCUCACCAAGAUCAAAGACAACCUGACAGUCUUUCAGAAACAUACCCUGAUCAGGGUCGCCCAAUGAGCCGUUGCUUCCAGAGAACAGUAUCUGCUUCCUCUAAGACACCUAAAAUGCUUUUCAAUAGUAUGAGACAAACAAUAUGCUGUUCAUCACCCAAAUCUAAAACCACCUCAGGAUACUUUAGGAGAAUGAACUCGAGAACAAUCCCCUCUAUUCCUGGUGCUGUAGCACUUGUUUUAGCCAUUCUUUCAUCUUGUGCAAUUCUAACUUCGGGUCAAGACCCUUGCAACCCAAACCCCUGUCAGAAUCAAGGAACUUGUAGUGGUGAGCAAGGAAGUACAUCCUAUACGUGCACAUGUACGCCCCAGUUCUCGGGCCUUAACUGUGCGACAGAUAGAGACAGUAAUGCUGCCCCACAGUUUCUCUAUGAAGGAAUUCCACAAGUGAGGGUUAUAGAGGGACAAAGCUCAACAAUAUUGGUGCUGACCUUGAAUGCUACUGACCCAGAUGGUGAUCAGGUGACCUUUGGCCUCUACAAUGACUUUGCAAGAUCUAUAUUUACUCUUAAUGAACAGACUGGACAGUUGUAUGCCGUUGAAGGGCUUGAUUAUGAGACCUUGGGAUUUCAAGUCACCGUCGAUGUCUUUGUAACAGAUGGCAUCAACGAUCCUGUUCUCCAAAGUAUCUAUGUACGAAUCGUUGAUGUAAAUGACAACGCCCCGCUCUUCACCAAUCUGCCGAAUGUUACCUUUGUCUUUGAGAAUGCUACCAUUGGUCAUGAGCUCUUUCAAGUCAUUACCACAGAUGAAGAUGAUUUGUUUAACAGCAUUGUGACUUAUGACAUCUCACAAGUCACCCCCAGCCAGCCGGGAGUUGAUCUGACAAAUUACUUUGUUAUUGGAGCACAAACUGGCAUCAUCCAGCUCGCUACAGCUCUCGACUACGAGGAAGUGACUGAAUAUCUUGUGACAGUGGUUGCCACGGAUCUUGGGGUUAAUACUCGUCUCUCAAGCUCUGCUACAUUGACUGUCAGUGUUCUCAACAUCCAAGAUACUAGACCAGUCUUUAUCAAUAUCCCAUAUGACGUUACCAUCCCAGAGACAACACCAGUGGGAUCAGUGGUGCAGACUAUUAUAGCUCUAGACCCGGAUUCAAGUGACGCAAAUACUAUCAUAUAUAAUCUUCUAGUCAGUGACAGCCAAGGUUAUUUUGUGAUCAACCAAACUACCGGUAUCAUUACCGUCAACUCUCGAAUGGAUAGAGACAACCCUGUCCUUCCAUCGACGUACCCACUUAUUGUCAGUGCUGUUGAAACCAGUUCAGGAGGGGUGUCCUUCACACAGGUCAGUUUCAACGUUACCGUCUCGCCUGCAAACGAUGAACCGCCAUCGUUUGACGAAAAUUCUUACACCGUCUCCGUCCCUGAAUCGGCGUCUACUUCUUCCCAACUCCCAAUCACCAUAACGGUUGAUGACGGAGAUCUGAUUACCGAUAGCACGAUAACAGUCUCUCUGCAAAAUGGCAACUCCGUUCCGUUCAGAAUUUCACCAACCCAGGUCUUUGGCAGUGGAGUGAUUGAUAUAUUCGUCACUCAGCCGCUUGACUUUGAUGAUGGCACCAGACAAUAUACCUUACAGCUUUCAGCAGUUGAUGAGAGCGGCCAGGACUUGGCUCCUGUGACGGUGAUUGUUACAGAUGUGAACGAUAACAACCCUGAAUUCACCAAUCGUAAGUAGAAAAGUAUUUGUUUAAUUUGAAAGUUUCAAGCAAUUUUGGAUUUGCAUUCAAGAGGUAAGCAUCUACUAGUCCACUGUGUUAAACAAAGUCGAGAUAUGUGGUCUGAAUACGCUGGCUAAAAUGAUUUGGUGUACUAAAUUAAACGGCAAGUUUUGUAUGUCAAGCCCUCAGACUUCGCCGUAUCUGCUCCGAGGACCCUGAUUUUUCCUUCCAUGCCAGGAAUCUGCAGAAACAUCUCUGUGCUAGGGGCCACGGGGCCAGGGCAGUCCAACUGGCAAUUAACAAAGUUCGUUCUCUCCCCAGAUCUGAAGUUCUCAAACCAAAAAGUGACAAGGAGACCACCGACAGAAUACCGCUUGUGACCACCUUCCAUCCCAAUCUACCCCCUCUCCGC